UUUAGUUUAUGUGCUAGAUUGUUGCAUAGUGCGUGUGUUGUCUUUCCAUUUUCAAGAAUAAAAGUUUAGUUAAUGUUGUGCUGUGUGUUAAUCAAUGUAUUUAUUUAACUAAUAAUUAUGGCACCGAAUUUAAGUAAAUUAACGCAACGGACAGACGUUAAAGUCGGUAUUGCUGUCUCCGCAGCUCUUGGUGCUUGGAUUAUCCGGAACUCCUUUAAGUCAAGAAAAUCAAGAAAUGACAAACCCGGCCGUCUUUCACCCGAAGAGCAGAUUCAGUACAUGAUCAAAGAAAAAGACAAAAAGGGGCCAAAAGCACAAGUUGAUGCUAGAUUUUUAGCAGAAUUUAAAACACUAUGGAAGAUUAUGAUGCCAGGCUGGUGGACCAAAGAAAGUGCCUUCAUGACGUUGAUAGCCAUCUCUCUAAUAUCCAGAUCCAUGUGUGAUCUGUGGCUAAUACAGCAGACUACUUUGAUUGAAGGGUCAAUUAUCACAAUGAACCACAAGGAGUUCAAGAGGCUGUUAAUCCAGUUCUUCGGAUCAAUGCCACUGAUUUCACUGGUGAACAACGUCUUGAAGUGGAGCAUAGGUGAACUAAAGUUGAGGAUAAGGACCAAUUUAUCAUUGCACCUUUACAAUGAAUAUAUGAAAGGCUUCACGUACUACCAAGUGACGAACUUAGACAAUCGGAUAUCGAACGCUGAUCAGCUCUUGACAACUGACAUUGACAGGUUCUGUGAAACCGUCGUCGAUCUAUACAGCAACAUCAGCAAACCGCUCUUGGAUAUCGCAAUAUACUUGUACAGGCUCACUGUGAACUUGGGUGCAUCUACGCCCGGAAUUAUGGUGGCCUACCUUCUGGUAUCGGGGGUGUUGCUAACACACUUGCGGAAACCAACAGCAAAAAUGACAGUUCAAGAACAGAAACUCGAAGGUGAAUAUAGAUACGUCAACUCCAGACUUAUCACGAAUUCAGAAGAAAUUGCUUUCUAUCAGGGUAACCACAGAGAGCGCUUAACAGUACUGGCCAGUUUCUACAAGUUGACGAGACAUUUGAGAAAUUUCUUAAACUUCAGAGUGUGCAUGGGCUUUCUCGACAACAUCAUUGCUAAAUACAUCGCCAUCACAGUAGGUUUCUAUGCUGUGUCUAGGCCGUUCUUCGUUAAGGACCACAACUUAUUGACUACAAGUACAGAAAACGAUAGGUUUAAGCACUACUACACGUACGGUCGGAUGUUGGUUAAGAUGGCCGAGGGGAUCGGGCGGAUCGUGUUGUCUGGUCGCGAGCUGAGCAAGCUGGCCGGCCUCACGUCCCGGGUCACGCAGCUGCGCGUCGUGUUGGACGACAUCAACAAGGGCAACUACUCGAGGACCAUGGUCGACAAAACGUCACAUAGUGCUAACGGCCCGCCCAGGCUGUUGGCUCCGGGUGCCGGUCGGAUUAUAUACCAGGAUAAGAUCAUAAAGUUCGAUAAAGUACCGCUCGUCACUCCUAACGGUGAUAUCCUCAUUGAUGAGCUGUCCUUCGAAGUAAAGUCCGGUAUCAACGUGCUGGUGUGCGGACCGAACGGUUGCGGCAAGUCGUCCAUGUUCCGCCAGCUGGGCGAGCUGUGGCCGAUAUUCGGCGGCACCCUCACCAAGCCCCCCAAGGGGAAGCUCUUCUACGUGCCUCAACGACCGUACAUGACCCUGGGGACCUUGAGAGAUCAGGUGAUAUACCCGCAAACGCGCGAGGAGAUGGUGCGGCGCGGGCGCUCCGACGAGCAGCUGGGCCGCUUCCUGCGCAUCGUGCAGCUGGAGUACCUGGCGGCGCGCGACGGCGGCUGGGACGCCGUGGAGGACUGGAUGGACGUGCUCUCCGGCGGCGAGAAGCAGAGGAUCGCCAUGGCGCGUCUGUUCUACCACGAGCCGCAGUUCGCCAUACUGGACGAGUGCACCAGCGCCGUGUCCGUGGACGUCGAGGGACAGAUGUACCAGUACUGCAGAGAGGUGUGUCUCCCAAUUAUUGUGACGUCAUCCGAGGCCAAUGAGCUAACCAUAGACACGACCAUCGUGAAUAUAAUGAACAUAGGUAACCACAGAGAGCGCUUAACAGUACUGGCCAGUUUCUACAAGCUGACGAGACAUUUGAGAAAUUUCUUAAACUUCAGAGUGUGCAUGGGCUUUCUCGACAACAUCAUUGCUAAAUACAUCGCCAUCACAGUAGGUUUCUAUGCUGUGUCUAGGCCGUUCUUCGUCAAGGACCACAACUUAUUGACUACGAGUACAGAAAAUGAUAGGUUUAAGCACUACUACACGUACGGUCGGAUGUUGGUUAAGAUGGCCGAGGGGAUCGGGCGGAUCGUGCUGUCUGGUCGCGAGCUGAGCAAGCUGGCCGGCCUCACGUCCCGGGUCACGCAGCUGCGCGUCGUGCUGGACGACAUCAACAAGGGCAACUACUCGAGGACCAUGGUCGACAAAACGUCACAUAGUGCCAACGGCCCGCCCAGGCUGUUGGCUCCGGGCGCCGGUCGGAUUAUAUACCAGGAUAAGAUCAUAAAGUUCGACAAAGUGCCGCUCGUCACUCCUAACGGUGAUAUCCUCAUUGAUGAGCUGUCCUUCGAAGUAAAGUCCGGUAUCAACGUGCUGGUGUGCGGACCGAACGGUUGCGGCAAGUCGUCCAUGUUCCGCCAGCUGGGCGAGCUGUGGCCGAUAUUCGGCGGCACCCUCACCAAGCCUCCCAAGGGGAAGCUCUUCUACGUGCCUCAACGACCGUACAUGACUCUGGGGACCUUGAGAGAUCAGGUGAUAUACCCGCAAACGCGCGAGGAGAUGGUGCGGCGCGGGCGCUCCGACGAGCAGCUGGGCCGCUUCCUGCGCAUCGUGCAGCUGGAGUACCUGGCGGCGCGCGACGGCGGCUGGGACGCCGUGGAGGACUGGAUGGACGUGCUCUCCGGCGGCGAGAAGCAGAGGAUCGCCAUGGCGCGUCUGUUCUACCACGAGCCGCAGUUCGCCAUACUGGACGAGUGCACCAGCGCCGUGUCCGUGGACGUCGAGGGACAGAUGUACCAGUACUGCAGAGAGAUGGGCAUAUCGUUGUUCACCGUCUCGCACCGCAAGUCGCUGUGGAAGCACCACGACCACUACCUGCAGAUGGACGGCCGCGGCGGAUACGUCUUCGAAGAGAUCGACGCCGAGACGCAAGAGUUCGGAUCGUGAUCGAACGGAAUCGUAAUUAUCAUAUUUAGAUUUAACAUUCAUUCAUUCAUUCUUAUUCAUAAACUAUGCCAAGGUGUUAACGGUUGAUAGGAACUGGGCACGCCGCCCUACGCCAGGGUUGCCAUUGUAAAAAUAUAUCGAUGCUCCAGUGUCAGUGGCAGUAUUCGCAUCGUCCAUUGAAACCUGCUCAACACAAUGAGCACGCCAUCUGCGCCACACUAAAUAUAAAACAACUUGAACCAUCACUUACUGUAUUGAAGACAACAUCACACAUGAUCACAACGAAACUAUCACGAGCGGAUCGCGUCCACCGGCGGUCGGGCAGAGAUCGUCGAUCAAUCGUUUCACGAUUAAUCGUAACGAGAAAUCGUUCGGCCUAUGACCUGUUCUAGUUUAUGAAUAAGGUAGUAACAUGACCAGAACAUUUUAAUUAUAUGACAUUAAUAUGAUAUGACAUUUUUGUGAUGGAAGGAAAAUAUAGAAUGUUUAUUUAUCUUUUGUUGUUAAGGUUUAUCAUGUUAAUUUUUUAUUUAUUUUAUAAUAAAAUAUUAUGGAAUCAAGAAUCGAGCGCUGUAACAAUUUUUAAUCAACUUUAAACCCAAAAAUGGUGGCUUUUCUCUUACACAUAUAAGCAUAUAUAUUUUUAUGCUCGAACUUCCUAUUUUUAUUUACACUUUUUUUGACUUGAAUCCAGUUAAGUAGGUCACAAUACUCGUCGAUAAUAUAUACAUAUAGUAUGAUUACAUACAAGCCAAGUUGUUUAAUAUAAAACAUCUAUGGAAAUGCCAAAAGAAGAACACAUGACAGUCCUUAAUGAAUAAAAUAAAUACUACAUAAUCUUUACUAUGUAACUGCAAGAUUUUCUUGUAUUCUUUUAAAAUUUCAUUUAAGGAAUUUGGUAUUGAGGAAAAAUAAUCAUAUUGAGUCAUAGACAUGUAACUUUUGUAUAUCUCAUUUGUGGUUGUUAUUUAAAUGAAAAACAUUUUGUGACUAAUAACACCCUUACAGUUCAGCGGUGUCAAGACAAAUGUUCGAGGUUGCACACUGUAUAGUACAACUAUGUGUUCAGUUCUCACUGAGACAUGUUCGAUAUGUAUAAGUAUUAAAGUAGCUUGUUUACUUACAUUCAUUAAUGUCUUGGGUAGUUGCGUUCAGACCGCAAACAAAUUUCUCAGUGCAAAAUAUUUAAAAAAAAGUAAAUGAGUACCUCUAAAUAGUUAAGCUGCCUGUUUGACAGGAAGGUCGUGGCGAUGCACUAGCUAUAAAAAAAAUGUAACGGCACUGUGUCGCAAUAAAAAAAAACUUUUGUUUCCAUAAUCACACACACCUUAUGUUUAUGAUACCACCACAGUUUAUGAUACGUUAGCUGAAUAAUUUCGAUUAGCAAAUAUUUAAAACCAAAAAUAUAAGCCGUCUGAAACCGGAACCGGACUUGAUGGUAGAAACAGCAUUUUAAGCUCACACUUAAUUGUCGAGUUUAUUUUUUCAGAACACAUCAAAUUUACUUCUAAAUUAAAUAAAAAAUGUUCCACAAUUAUUUAAAAUAAAAAUAAAAUUCAUUUAAUUCAGACCCUCUUAAGUCCAUAUGUUGUAAGUAGAAUAAUACUUAGAACUAUGUUAGUAAAAUUAAAAUUAAAAUUAGCAAUUAAAACAUUUAAACAUUUAAUUCAUAAAUCUGCGCUGCUUUGAGGCACCUGGUAUAUGUAUAUGAACCCAGUGUCUCAAAACAGCACAUUCGGGUUUAUUACCUAUAACCAUCAGGAUAUUAUUAGUAUUAUAUUUAGAUGGUUUGUAGUAAUUUGUUGUGGUUAGUGUGAGCUUAAAAUCAUAUCCCUAUCAAUUCGGGUUCCAGACUCAGGCAGCUUGACUGUAUAAUUGCAAAAGUCUAAUAAAUUGAAUUUAAUGUUUCAGUAACUGAAAUAAUGUUACUUUAUUUACAAUUAUUGUAUAUUGUUGAUUUAUUAAACAUAUUUUAUUUGUGAUUUGUUAUGUGAUAUAUUCGAUCAUGAUAAUAACAUAUUUUAUCAACUUUACUUUGUUACAUUUAUAGACUAUUUAAGAGAUAAACAAACAUUUAAUUGUAUAUAUCCAAAAAUAUAUAAUAUAAUUAAUAACAUUUUUAAUCUUGAAAAUUAUAUUUAAAUACAUAAAAGUACUCAUUAUGUACAUCAUUCAAUUGAAAUAGUUAUAAAAUUGAUAAGGUUAUAACCAUUCUACACUACAAUCUCAGUGUUAAUUUUUUAAAGUGACAAUUUUUUUUAGAAUAAGAUGCAGUACACACAGCGCAUGCGUGCGACGCUCGUCACCUACGUACGUACUCGUGCGUACUCACACGCAACGAGUGAUGUAACAUAUUUGCUCUUUUUUUUUGAAAUGAUAUACUCAGGACCCUCAUAUGUCCAUGUCACUGUUACGAAUAGUUGAAUUUGAUUUGAGAUACGAAUCAAAAAGUUUAUUCUCCAUUUCCGCCACCUGUGUACAAUGACGAUAAUACGCGUUUAAGUAUAAAAUUAAAUAAAGGUAGCUUAAAAAUAAUAAUAAAACUUUUUAAAUAGCAAACCGAACUAAGAAUUAAGUAAGUUCAUCUUUUUUUUUAUCCUGUUGAUAUUGUUCAGAAUGUUAUUUUGUGUUUUUUUAUUAUAUUGUCAUCGUGACGCGUUCUUGAUGCGUCUGCAUAAUUUUUAGUUUACUUAAACAGUUUUACUCUCUAGGACGUCUUGAAGUAGUUUAUGAAAAUGACUUACAAAGAUUCCGUUAUAUAUAUACCAAGCUAAUAAAAGCAUGUUAGAGACAUGUUAUGAAACAUAUAUUCAGUUGUAAAGACGUGUGAAAAUGUUAAUGUUACAUUAAUAUUAUAAUUUAUUUUAAUAAAAAUUACAUGACCUAUUAAAUAUCUCAAACUCAUGUAUUGUACUCUUAAAAAUGCAAUAACUAGAUUAUCCUUUUACGUUAUACUUGUUGAUUAAUUUUGGAUUUAUAGUAAUUAUAAAGUAAUAAAUUUGGACACAAAUAAUAUUUAAAAACAAUUUGAAUAGAGUCGAUCGUAUGAUACUAACCUCAUGUACCAAAUCACUAAAAGUGUUUGUUGCAACAGUUUGCUGUGAUAGUCGUUAAGUUUUAUGUUGGUUUUUAUUCGAUAUGCGGGUGCUGGGGUGAAUAAAACCGGUUGAGGGAAGAUCAAUA